UAUUGUAUUACAGUUCAGGAGCCCAGAAGUUCCAAAUCAACAUGUCAGGAGGGCCACACUCCCUCCAGAGUCUCAGGGGAAGAUCCUUCCUGGCCUCUUCCCGCUCGUGGUGGCUUCCGCUGUUCCUUGCCUUGUGACCGCAUUAUUCCAUUCUCUGACACUGUCUUCACACGGCCUUCUUCCCUUUGUCUCUGUCAAAUCCCCCUCGCCUUUCUGAGGACACCAGUCAUUGGACUUGAGGCCUACCCUAAAUCCAGGAUGAUCUCAUCUCAAGGUCUUUAUUUAAUUACACCUGCAAAAACCUUACUUCUAGAUGAAGUGGCGUUGUUCGUCUGGGUUAAUACCUGAGGUUCGUUGCCUCAUGCCAAGGAAAUCAAGGACACGGACACACAAGGAGUGAGUUUAAGAGCAGGAGUUUAAUAGGCAAGAGAAAGAGGAAAGCUCUGUCUCCUGCAGAGAGAGAGGGGCUCCUGAGUGGGUCUUCCAGUUCCAUCGUGAAAUGCACGGGGGGGAGUUUUACAGAUGAGCGUGAAGAGGCGGUGUCUGAUUUACAUAGGGCCCAAAUGAUUGGUCAGAUAGGUGUGCCAUUUGCAUAACAUACGAAGAAGCUGGCUGCCCCACCCUAAUCUUUUGUUAUGCAGGUGGGUUCUCUGCCUGGCCAGCGCUUGUUGCCUGCUUGUUCACUGCACACCUGGUUGACAAAAGGGAAGAUGGACCCUCCGUGUCGAACACACCUGGCCCCCAGGACCCCAGGAGCAAGCACAAGUUCAAAAUCCACACUUACGGAAGCCCCACCUUCUGCGAUCACUGUGGGUCCCUGCUGUAUGGACUUAUCCACCAAGGGAUGAAAUGUGACACCUGCGAUAUGAACGUUCACAAGCAAUGCGUCAUCAAUGUCCCCAGCCUCUGCGGAAUGGAUCACACAGAGAAGAGGGGGCGGAUUUACCUAAAGGCUGAGGUUGCUGAUGAAAAGCUCCAUGUCACAGUACGAGAUGCAAAAAAUCUAAUCCCUAUGGAUCCAAAUGGGCUUUCAGAUCCUUAUGUGAAGCUGAAACUUAUUCCUGAUCCCAAGAAUGAAAGCAAACAAAAAACCAAAACCAUCCGCUCCACACUAAAUCCCCAGUGGAAUGAGUCCUUUACAUUCAAAUUGAAACCUUCAGACAAAGACCGACGACUGUCUGUAGAAAUCUGGGACUGGGAUCGAACAACAAGGAAUGACUUCAUGGGAUCCCUUUCCUUUGGGGUUUCGGAGCUAAUGAAGAUGCCAGCCAGUGGAUGGUACAAGUUGCUUAACCAAGAAGAAGGUGAGUACUACAAUGUACCCAUUCCAGAAGGGGACGAAGAAGGAAACAUGGAACUCAGGCAGAAAUUCGAGAAAGCCAAGCUUGGCCCUGCUGGCAACAAAGUCAUCAGUCCCUCUGAAGACAGGAAACAACCUUCCAACAACCUGGACCGAGUGAAACUCACCGACUUCAAUUUCCUCAUGGUGCUGGGGAAGGGGAGUUUUGGAAAGGUGAUGCUUGCCGACAGGAAGGGCACAGAAGAACUGUAUGCAAUCAAAAUCCUGAAGAAGGAUGUGGUGAUUCAGGAUGACGACGUGGAGUGCACCAUGGUAGAAAAGCGAGUCUUGGCCCUGCUUGACAAACCCCCGUUCUUGACGCAGCUGCACUCCUGCUUCCAGACAGUGGAUCGGCUGUACUUCGUCAUGGAAUAUGUCAACGGUGGGGACCUCAUGUACCACAUUCAGCAAGUAGGAAAAUUUAAGGAACCACAAGCAGUAUUCUAUGCAGCAGAGAUUUCCAUCGGAUUGUUCUUUCUUCAUAAAAGAGGAAUCAUUUAUAGGGAUCUGAAGUUAGAUAACGUCAUGUUGGAUUCAGAAGGACAUAUCAAAAUUGCUGACUUUGGGAUGUGCAAGGAACACAUGAUGGAUGGAGUCACGACCAGGACCUUCUGUGGGACUCCAGAUUACAUCGCCCCAGAGAUUAUCGCUUAUCAGCCAUAUGGAAAAUCUGUGGACUGGUGGGCCUAUGGCGUCCUGUUGUAUGAAAUGCUUGCCGGGCAGCCUCCAUUUGAUGGUGAAGAUGAGGACGAGCUAUUUCAGUCUAUCAUGGAGCACAACGUUUCCUAUCCAAAAUCCUUGUCCAAGGAGGCUGUUUCCAUCUGCAAAGGACUGAUGACCAAACACCCAGCCAAGCGGCUGGGCUGCGGGCCUGAGGGGGAGAGGGACGUGAGAGAACAUGCUUUCUUCCGGAGGAUCGACUGGGAAAAACUGGAGAACAGGGAGAUCCAGCCACCGUUCAAGCCCAAAGUGUGCGGCAAAGGAGCAGAAAACUUUGACAAGUUCUUCACACGAGGGCAGCCCGUCUUAACACCGCCUGAUCAGCUGGUUAUUGCUAACAUAGACCAGUCUGAUUUUGAAGGGUUCUCGUAUGUCAACCCCCAGUUUGUGCACCCCAUCUUACAGAGUGCAGUAUGAAACUCACCAGCGAGAACAAAUGCCUCCCCAGCCCCCAGCCCUCCCCACGGUGGGAAGUGAUCCUUAACCCUAAAAUUUUAAGGCCACGGCCUUGUGUCUGAUUCCAUAUGGAGGCCUGAAAAUUGUAGGGUUAUUAGUCCAAAUGUGAUUAACUGUUCAGGGUCUCUCUCUUACAACCAAGAACUUUAUCUUAGUGGAAGAUGGUACGUCAUGCACAGUGUCCAGUUUAAUUCUGUAGAAGUUACGUCUGUCUCUAGGUUAACCCUUCCUAGAAAGCAAACAGACUGUUGCCCCAUUGUGGGUACAAUUUGAUAUACUUUCCAUACCCUCCAGCUGUGGAUUUUUCACCAUCGGAAUCCCCCAACCAGAGAUGUUAAAGUGAGCCUACCCCAGCCCAGGGGGCUGGAAACAUCUCCACCCAAGACGUCUUGGAAUCCAAGAGCAGGAAGCCAAGAGAGUGAGCAGGGAGGGAUUGGGGGUGGGGGAGGCCUCAAAGUACCCUGUGCGUCCGUUCUCUGCCUCCAUGGAAACGGCCCCUAGAAUCUGAAAGGCCAGGAUGAACCUAAUCACUGUUCCCAAACAUUGACAAAUCCUAACCCAACCAUAGUCCAGCAGUUACCAGUUUAAACAAAAAAAAACCUCAGAUGAGUGUUGGGUGAAUCUGUCAUCUGGUACCCUCCUUGGCUGAUAACUGUCUUGAUACUUUCAUUCUUUGUAAGAGGCCAAAUCGUCUAAGGACGUUGCUGAACAAGCAUGUGAAAUCAUUUCAGAUCAAGGAUAAGCCAGUGUGUAUGUACGUUCAUUUUAAUCUCUGAGAGAUUAUUUUUCAAUCCAGGGUGCCAUCAGUAAUCAUGCCACUACUCACCAGUGUUGUUCGCCAACAGCCACCCCACACACACCAAUAUUUUGCUGCCUACCUUGUUAUCCUUCUCAAGAAGCUGAAGUGUACGCCCUCUCCCCUUUUGUACUUAUUUAUUUAAUAGGCUGCAGUGUCGUUUAUGAAAGUACGAUGUACAGUAACUUACUGGAAGUGUUGAAUCUAGCAUCAGCCCCUGCUGAUUGAUUUUCCUCCCUUCUCCAGCCCUGGAUGUCCACUUAGGGAUAAAAAUAAUACGGUUUUGAUUCCCAUUUCUAGUACACCUGGAGCUGUAGAAUCAGGAAACCCGGAUGCCUAACAGCUCAAAGAUGUUUUAUUGCUAGAAGGAUUUUAAUAUGUUUUGCAAAUGCAUCAUGCAAUGAAUUUUGCAUGUUUAUAAUAAACCUUAAUAACAAGUGAAUCUAUAUUAUUGAUAUAAUCGUAUCAAGUAUAAAGAGAGUAUUAUAAUAAUUUUAUAAGACACAAUUGUGCUCUAUUUGUGCAGGUUCUUGUUUCUGAUCCUCUUUUCGAAUUAAGUUUUAGCUGAAUCCCUUGCUUCUGUGCUUUCCCUCCCCGCACAUGGGCACUGUAUCAGAUAGAUUAAUUUUUAAAUGUAGAUAAAAUUUCAAAAAUGAAUGGCUACUUUACAUGAUAGAUUAGGCUCUUACUACGUGUGUGUGUGUAUAUAUAUAUAUAUUUGAUUCUACCUGCAAACAAAUUUUUAUGGGUGAGGACUAUUUUUGAGCUGACACUCCCUCUUAGUUUCUUAAUGCCACCUUUCAUCCCAGUUCCUCCACCACUCUUCCUCUUUGGGACAACAGAAAGUGUCUGAUUGCGGUCUGCCUAGUACACUGGUGCACAUGUGGCGUUGCUGCAGCACCUGGGCUGACCUUUGUGUGUCCGUGUGUGUGUGUUUCCUUCUUCCCUUCAGCCUGCGACUGUUGCUGACUCCAGGGGUGGGAGGGAUGGGGAGACGCCCCUCUUGCUGUGUGUACUGGACCCGCAGGAAGCGUGCUGUCUUGCUGCCUCUGCAAGGACCUGUCGUUUGCUCCAGCACGCACAAACUUCAUGAGACCAACACAGCCGUGCCCUGCAGGCACCAGCACCUGCUUUUCAGAGGCUGCGGACUUUCUUCCAGCCAUUGUGGCAUUGGCCUUUCCAGCCUUGGGAGGAGCACGCUGCUUUGGUGAGACACCCCCCAUGUAAGGUCCUCAGAGGAGCCAGGUUCUACCACAAACAGAAAGAGAGUGAAAGUAGCUGUCGGUCCUUGUAGAGAGCCACUCUGUUUCCUCCCAGAAGCAUCUCCCAGCUAAACUCGCCUUAUUUUUCUCCUCUGGCUGUUUGCCUGAAGUUCGCAGAACAUACAACCAUGAAAGGCUUUUUGAGGUGAGAGGCCCAGGUGGUCCUGGCAACCCUGAGUAGAAGGAGAGAUGGGGUAGGGAAUGGGCCCGGCCAGAAAAGAGCCACUUCUUCUGCCAUCUUUUAUGCACCAUAGACAUCAAGACUCCAGGGUGGCCUGGCUCCCCUGUUCUUGCGGCCCUGCGGAUCAGUGCACAAUCUGGGCUCGUGUCCUGACCAGGUGCACGUCCUCUGAUCCGAGGGGAAAGGGACUAGUUUAUAGAAAGAGCCUAGGAGACAAAAGGGCCGGUCCCCCUGCCCAGAAUGGAGCAGCAGCAGGACGGACCCCCAUGAGGCCCCCAGAGAGGAGGAAGGUCCCAUGGAGGAACACAUGGGGUUAGGGAUCCUUGUUCAGCACCCCAAACGGCCUGUGUGUUUUAAGCAAGCAGCAGGCUCAGGCCUUCCCUGCAGCCCCAUCACCCACAAGUUUGUUUCUCUAGGAAACACAUUCACCGUCUCAGCUGGCUGUUAUUCUCUCAGACCGUGUGGCAAAGUUUUCCAAGAAAAUGCCCCGACGGGGGUGCCCAGCACACUGCCUGAGGGACAGCAGACCCCAGAGCAAACCCCCAGGAGGAAACAGUCAAAAUCAAGGCCCGGUGCAGUGUUGUCAGUGGAACCUGCUUUAUCCAUUGCUGAGUGUUGAAUGUGGGUCAUGGUUAGGGCUUUACAGAUCUCAGCAGCCCAAGACUGUUACUGUUGGGACUGUCAUGUAGAUAACCAUGGGCAAUGGCUCGCCUCGGAAUCAGUUUGUGAUAUUCUAUGGUACUGGCCCCUUCGUGGGCAUUGUGUGAAACGAGAUGGUGGCGAGGGGUGCGCUGUGGAACUGCCACAGCCACACAUGAGGUCUCUGGGGGACCCUUUGGGAAGUCCUUGCUCCUGAGCACGACCUGAUUGCCAGGGCCUGCGGAGGUCUAGGCCACCGGGCAGAAGCUAGCACCGUCCAAAUCCCCGCGGGACCCGUGGAGCUAUGACCACAGCAGGCCAUUCAAACGGCGCUGCAUUCUUUCCUUGGAAGGUGGCCACUCCUGGGUGGCAGAGCCUUUCCCUGAGGCUGCAGGCCAUGAGCUGGCAGCCCGUCUCUUGGCAUUUCAAUUGAAGGUCACCAGGUGCUGGCUUUGAAAGGAAGUCACUGGAAUGCUGCCGGGGGCCACCCUCCGAGGUUAAUGCGAGGCCCACAUCCAGG